AUGACGUCGCUUCCCAUCACCACCACUCCCUACCCUCCCGUGGCUCCUGUCGCCGAGAAGCAGUCUGGCGCUCUGUCUGCCGUCUCCAACAAUGCUCUGGUCUCGGCGCUGAAGGACACAUACUCGGCUUUCCAGGCACGAAGAGAGGCUCUGGGCCUCAGCAACCCCGGCACUGUCGAGAACGUCGCAAAGGAGGUUCAGCGCGAUGUCUUCCUUAACAACCUGUCCUUCUCCGGUCUGCGCGCCGACCUCACAAAGGCUUUCAGCGUUUCGCCGCUGUUCCAGGUCUCGCACGCUUUCUCCCAGGGCUCUCAGCAAAUACCUCCUUACGCUUUCCUUGCCCUCUACGGCACCAACAAGGUACAUGCCUCUUCUGCCAACCUCGGAAACCAUCAUAUGCUAACACACCUAGAUUNNUUCUGCCAAGGUAACCUUGACAGCGACCUUUCCCUCUCUGCCCGCUUCAACUACCGAUGGACUCCUCGCUGGGUCACAAAGACCACUACUCAAAUCCAGGCUGCCUCCAUGGCCGGUCCUGGAGGUGCUCAGUUCUCCCUCGAGAACGACUACGUUGGUAACGACUUCACCGCUCAGAUCAAGGCUAUGAACCCAUCGAUCCUCGACGGCCCUCUUACUGGUAUCUUCAUUGGUAGCUACCUCCAGAGCAUCACCCCUAGACUCGCUCUCGGUCUCGAGGCUGUCUACCAGAGACCCGCUGCCCAAAUGGGACCUGAGGCUAUGAUCAGCUACGCUGCCAAGUACAAGGGCGAGGACUGGAUCGCCAGUGCUCAGCUCAUGCCCUCCGGUGGUGUCCAGGGUUCCUACUGGAGAAGACUGUCUGCUCAGCUCGAGACCGGUGUCGACCUCAACUUGCAGUUCGCUGGCAACCCUAUGAUGGGUGGCAUGAGAAAGGAGGGCGUUGCCACUCUUGGUGCUAAGUACGACUUCAGAGCCAGCAGUUUCAGAGCCCAGGUCGAUACUGCUGGUAAGCUCGGUGUCUUGCUCGAGAAGAGAAUCGUUCCCAUGGUCCAGAUCACCUUUGCUGGUGAGCUCGACCACGUCAAGGUAAGCACCACUCUUCGCACCUCUAAACUCUACAGAGCACUGACAUUGCCUACCAGANACGCCGCCAAAGUCGGUCUUGCCGUCUCCAUCGAGGCUGCCGAGGAGGAGGUCAUGGCCCAACAAGAGAGCGCCAUGUCUGCCGGCCCCGUCACUCCUCCCUUCUAG